GUACGAGCUCCAGACCAUCGGGAUCACGGCGGCCAACACCUGGGGCCUGUUCCUGCUGGUGCUGCUGCUCGGGUACGGGUUGGUGGAAAUCCCCCGGUCCUACUGGAACGCUUCGCGACACGGACACCUGCUCAUCAAGACGUACUUCAAGGCGUCCAAGCUGAUGACGGAGAAGGCGGACGCGGAGGAGAACCUGGAGGACGUGAUGGAGGAGGUGAGGAAGGUCAGUGAAUCCAUCAAGUACAACCAUCCACUGAGGAAGUACAUCGAUACCAUUCUCAGAAAGUGCCCCGUGGACUACCAGGAGAAGAUGGGCAGGAACAUGGACGACUACGAGGACUUUGAUGACAAACAGAACACGUAUCCCAGCGAGAAGAGCCUGGUGAAGCUCCACAAGCAGGUGAUCUACGCGGUUCAGAGACACAACAGGACUCGGGUCCAGUGGCAGAUCCUCCUGCAGCAGGCCAUCCAUCUGGAGGACGUCGCCAAGAACGAGACCAGUUCGACCCACCAGUUCGUCCACAGCUUCCCGUCCUCCGAGCCGGCCGGCCGGUUCAGCAGAUACGUGUACACGCAGACUGUAGAGUGGUACUGGGAGUGUCUCCUGAAGCGCUGGUUCUACCGGCUGCUGUCGGUGAUCCUGACUCUGUUCAGCGUGGCCGUGGUCUGGUCCGAGUGCACCUUCUUCAGCACCCGGCCCGUCCUGUCCCUGUUCGCUGUGUUCAUCCAGCUGGCUGAGCGAGACUACAACUACCUGUACAUCGAGAUGGCGUGCUUCAUCACCAUCUUCUUCCUGUGUACCUGCGUUUACUCCACUGUGUUCCGCAUCCGGGUUUUCAACUACUACUACCUGGCCUCCCAUCACCAGACCGACGCCUACAGCCUCCAGUUCAGCGGCAUGCUGUUCUGCCGUUUAACGCCUCCUCUGUGUCUGAACUUCCUGGGUCUGAUCCACAUGGACUCUGCCAUCUCCCACCAGCAGAAGGAGCCGACGGCCUACACCUCGAUCAUGGGAUCGAUGCGUGUUCUCUCUUUCAUCGCUAACGGCUUCUACAUCUACUACCCCAUGCUGAUCGUGAUCCUCUGCAUCGCCACCUACUUCAGUCUGGGGACUCGCUGCCUGAACCUUCUGGGCUUCCAGCAGUUUGUGGGCGACAGUGAAAUGACCUCUGACCUGAUCGACGAGGGCAAGGAGCUGAUCCGACGGGAGAAAAGGAAGCGGCAGCGGGUUGAAGACGGAGAGAACAGACGCAGGGAGUGGAAGGAGCGCUACGGAAACCAGAGGGACGACUACACCGCGAGGAACAGGAGCAGCCACGAAAUGAAGGAGACCAGUUACUCGGACGCCGUGGCCCCCAGCAACAACAGACAGGCCAAGUAUUCCCGCUCUGGGAGUCGGCCGGAGAGGGACUGCGUCGAGCUGCUGCAGGACGCCGAGCCUUUAGACUUCAACGCCGACACUCUGACGGACGACCCUCUGGACGCGGAGUCCUCCAGACACGCGGGAGGACGGUAUCUGUCCAUGUCGUCGUCUCGGAGCCGAAUAUUCGACGACGUCUGACGGGGAGCCACGAACUGGAACAAACACGAGCGUCACAGCCCUCACCUCCACCUGCCUCCACCUGCAGGGCGUGAACCUACCACCCCACCUCCAUCUCACGGCUUCCAGGCUGCUUCCUCUCCUCCCAGGAUGCAUGGUCAUUUAAAAACAGGCCACGUGUACAGUGAAGUUCUGGUUUCAUGUCCAGCAGCUGUGAAGGAAUAUUAAUGUUACUACGGUUACGCAGACCCUGUGGUGUGAAGGUCUCUGUCAGAUAUUGAUCCUGAGUAUUGAAUCCAGACGCCCCUCCUCAACUUCCUGUCUGUCUGAGCAUGCUCAUGAAUGUGCGUCUGCAGCAGCUGCAUGUCGACACGUCUCAUCACUUUAAUGAAGGGGUUUAUUUAUAUUUUUUAUUCUGUAAGUGUUCAUGUUGUGGAUUUAUUUAUCUGUACGUCAUUAAUGUGAUCCGGUCCCUCAGCGUGUGCUGCCGCUCACUGAUCACCCUGAUUUAUACACCAUCAGUAACAGUUUCCUGCUGUUUCAUUCUUUGAUUUUAUCACGUCAAGCUGUAAAAAAAAGUUUUCAGUCCUGAUUAAAUGAUGUUGUCAAAAUAAAAAAAAAGACUGAA